AAUGUGCCGGUGGCCAUGACUGAGGCUUCUUCUCCUUUAAUAGUGGCGUUCCCUUUCCCACUGUUGUAUGCAGAGGGCUGUCCAUGUGGGGUAUUCCCUGAGCCCCAUUUUCUCUCCUCUCCCUCUCCAGGUUCCCUGGUGGAGGCAGAACUCAUUCAGCCGACCUCGGUGUCAGCAAACCCUGGGGAAACUGUCAAGAUCACCUGCAGUGGAGGUAUCGGCCAGUGGUAUGGCUGGUACCAGCAGAAGUCACCUGGCAGUGUGCCUGUCACUGUGAUCAAUGCUAACACCAACAGACCCUCGAACAUCCCUUCACGAUUCUCCGGUUCCGAGUCCGGCUCCACAGCCACAUUAACCAUCACUGGGGUCCGAGCCGAGGACGAGGCUGUCUAUUACUGUGGGAGUGCAGACAGCAGUGGUGGUGAUACUGGUAUAUUUGGGGCCGGGACAACCCUGACCGUCCUAGGCCAGCCCAAGGUGGCCCCCACCAUCACCCUCUUCCCACCGUCAAAGGAGGAGCUGAACGAAGCCACCAAGGCCACCCUGGUGUGCCUGAUAAACGACUUCUACCCCAGCCCAGUGACUGUGGAUUGGGUGAUCGAUGGCUCCACCCGCUCUGGCGAGACCACAGCACCACAGCGGCAGAGCAACAGCCAGUAUAUGGCCAGCAGCUACCUGUCACUGUCUGCCAGCGACUGGUCAAGCCACGAGACCUACACCUGCAGGGUCACACACAACGGCACCUCUAUCACGAAGACCCUGAAGAGGUCCGAGUGCUAAUAGUCCCACUGGGGAUGCAAUGUGAGGACAGUGGUUCCUCACCCUCCCUGUCCCUCUGGGCCGCUGCUGGUGGCAGCAGCCCUCACUUCCCACUCAGAUGUCCCCCACCGUGCCCCCAUCACCCACCUCUGCCUGUCGACUCCUCUUGCCCUCAUCUCUCCAGGUGUCACAUUAAUAAACACGACACUGAACUAGUGCUGACUCUGCA